AUGACAACCCCAGGCUACUGGGCGCGGUACGCCGUGGUGAGGAAGGUCCUGGCCUCCUUCCUAGCUGCGUGCUGCGGGGACGACAGCACAGACGGUGGAACCAGCGGCAGCACCAGCGGUGCAACCACGUGCGGCCGGGGUGACGCCGCUUCCCCUCGGGCCCAGCGGCCAGAGGGGCGGCAGGCAGCGGAGGAGGAGGCGCCUGGAGGCUCUCUGGAUCUGCCGCGGCCGGCUGGGUGCGUGGAGGCGCGGGGUCAGCACCAGGAGCUACAGGGGCGGCAACGGCCAAACUGUCAGCCGCAGGCGGGGGGCCCGCGGUGUCAGGUGGUGGUGUUAGGGGCUGGUUUUGACACGGCUUGGUUUCAAAUGGCAGCCCAGUCAGAAGCCGGCGACAAGGAGCCUGCGGCGUCUCAGCAGCAGCAGCAGCAGCAGCAGCAGCAGCAGCAGCAGCAGCAGCAGCAGCAGCAGCAGCAGCAGCAGCAGCAGGCGGCAGCGCCUGCCCCACUCCAGCUGCCAGCCUUGGGCCCCGUCGGCGUCGGCGCCCCGCGCGCCGCACCGCCGACUGAGGUGGCACGCGUUCUGGGCAGCUUCAGCGCAGAUGCUGGGCGGCUUCUCAGCAGCUGCCGCUACAUCGAGAUUGACUUUCCGGAGGUAGCUGCCAAGAAGGCGCGGACGGUUCUGGCCCACGCUGAUAUGUGGAGCUUGCUUCCAGUUGGGACGAUCGCAGUUGCCGCAGCCGACAGCGCGCAGCCCUCGCCAGGAAGCGGCAGCGGCGCUGCAAGCACGGGCGGGGCGGGCAGCGGCGGCGGCGCGGGCGCGGCGCGGCUGACGUGGCGGUGUCAAGGCAGCGGGGCGGGGCUGGGGCCGGAGGCGGCGCCGCCGCCGCAUGUGGCGCAGCACGCUCGGGAGGUGCUUGCGCCGGCCGGCGGCGCUGGCGUUGGCGUCGGCAGCAGCGGCGGCUUGCAGGCGGCUGCCGGGCCGGCGAGCUCGGAAGGCUGCGCCUCCGCUGAGAGCGCUGCCCCCGGGGGCGCAGCUCCGGCCCCUCCAGGUGGCGCCGGGGCAAACAGCGGCAGCAGCGGCAGCAGCAGAGGCGGCAGCCGGGGCGGCAGCUACAGCCUGGUGGGAUCUGACCUGCGGGAUCUGCGGGCGCUGGAAAGCGCCAUGGCGCGCGCGGGGUUCGAACCUGG